GCAAAAGAAGAAUAACGAGUUGACGCAACUUUGCUACAUAGACGAUCUUCGGUGGGGCACGUCAUCACGUGGCAGCGGAGGACGUGGCGGAACAAGCCGCCUGCUCUGCCUCUUCUCGGCUGCUGUAGUAUCAACAGUUUGGGCCUGACGUGAAAAGCAGCCGGUUCGACUCAUCGAGGUUCACGUGUUCUGAUAAAACUGUCCCGCUGCCACCACCAACAUGAUCUCACUCACGGACUCUCAGAAAAUCGGGAUGGGGCUGACGGGGUUUGGUGUGUUUUUCCUCUUAUUCGGGAUGAUGCUGUUUUUCGAUAAGGCUCUCCUCGCCAUUGGAAACAUUCUGUUCGUCACUGGUCUCUCCUUCGUCAUCGGCCUGGAGCGUACGUUCAGGUUUUUCUUCCAGAGACAAAAAGUGAAAGCCACCAGUUUCUUCCUGGGAGGAGUGCUGGUGGUUCUGAUCGGCUGGCCGAUCGUUGGGGUCGUUUUGGAGAUCUACGGUUUCUUCCUCUUAUUCAGGGGAUUCUUCCCGGUGGCAGUCGGCUUCAUCAGACGGGUACCGGUGCUCGGGUCUUUGCUCAGUUUACCAGGGAUCAGUACUCUGGUGGACAAAAUUGGCGAGAGCAACAAUAUGGUAUAACAUUGGACUGUUUUUGUUUUGUUUGUUUUUUUCAUUGGAGGAGAUUUUCAGUAUUUAUCACAGCUUCUAACAGUUACUGUAUAUUUUGGUCAUUGCCACUCCAUUACUGUGAACCAACAUUUUUCUGCACAAAGGACGAUAUACGUUUAUUUGUGGACACUUGCCAGACAUGAGUUUCUUCUGCCAGAAGGAAAACGGUUUUGUAUCUGACUGCCACUGGACAAAGUUACCAGGAUAUUGUUUUAUUUUAAAGUUUGGAAGCAGGUCUCCCUUUUAAUUUGUGUCAUCCCAGUCAGAUAUAUAUGGAAUGAUGAUGCAGGACCAGAGGAUCAACUCACAGGAGAGUCUGGGGCCUCUAGAGUCCACUCCCUCAGAGUGUGUGCCUGAGCAGUCACUGAGAGCAUCUUUCAGUUCCUCUAUGAAGUGUUACUGGAAUUUUUUGUACGUCAAAAAAGACAAGGUGGAGCUAAAUGUUACCGAGGCCAAGAAGCCUGAAGUGUUUGUAGGUAAAAGAUAUAAAACGAUUAUUGUGGAGAUGUUUCACUGUAACUUUUGUAAGCGCAUACUUGAAAUAAAGUGUCUUUUCAUACA